CCCUGUCCCUCCUCCCCCUCCUUCUCCUUCUCCAAAAUAACUACGGCGCACCAUGGCGCUUUGCGCAAAUCACAACUCUGUGUACGUGGCGCUGCAUAUCUCUCUUAUUCACUCUCUUUUCUCAUUAUUCUAUUUCACCUCUCCUGUUGCGGGCAGCGGGGCUUCUGCAGGAUCUGCGUCCGGACUCAUACCCUCUUACGAUGUUUUGUAUUAUACUGGGGUCCGUGCAUACUUUAGCGAGGAGUGGGAGAAGGCUGCGGAGCUGCUCGAAAAGUCGAUGACUAUCCGGGAGGCUCUGUUUCGAACCCGACGGCAGUGCCAUGAGGAAUGUGUGCCAGCGGGAUAUGACAGGCUCCCAAAACUGGGUAUGCGUGUGUUUGUGCUCACUGUGUUGUAUGUGGUCGAUUCAUAGUGUGUGUGUGUGUGUGUGUGUGUGUGUGUGAGAGAGAGAGCGAGAGUAUCUGUCUCUCUGUCUCCACCUGUGUGUGUUAUGUGCAUGCAUUAAAUAUAUUAAAUCAUAAGCUUCUGUUUGCCACUUACAAUCACAGCUUGCUUUAGGGCCUAGAUGUCUCCCAGGAGUCAGCGAUGAUAUGCCCUGGUAUGGUACAUUCCAGUAAUGUAGUAUCUCUGCUCUGUUUGUGUGUGUGUGUGUGUGUGUGUGUGUGUCCUCAGACACAGAGAAAGGGAAUGUGUGGGACCUAUGGGCAGUGGACUGGGUCCAGCAGCGGGCUGAGUGUGUGCGGUUCUGUUUGGGACGGGCUGUCACUCCUGCAGGACAGCUUCCUGUGUCUGCUGACAUCGAGUAUGAGUUUAGUACCCGGAACCCCUAUAACUUCCUGCAGGUCGUCUACUGGAAGGUAUCUAUUACUAUAUUCACCUGCUAUUUCAUUAUGUAUGGCUACAGUUGAAUUGUAGAUCUGAAGUGCUAAGUGCUGCAUAAUUGCAUGUUAAAGCAGUUACAUAGGUUAUUCCACUGGUAGUUAGUUAGUCUGGUAUAAGGCCUAUAUCAUGUAAUGUGCUAGCUCAAUUUAAUACAUACUUUAGCAACAAUAUCCUACAACUACAGCUGUGGUCUUCAUGCACUCUAUCUGAUCUGGACUUUAACCUUCUCUUCUUCACUCUACCUCAUCCUCCUGUUAUUUUUCCUCCUCCCCUCUUUCUCCUCCUGCUCCUCUACAUCUUCUACCUCGUUCUCGCUCUCUUUCGCCUCCUCCUCUACUCCCUUCUGCUCUUCCUCCUCUUCAUCUUUUACCUCAUUCUCUCUCUUUCAACUUUUUCUCUCCUCCCUUCUCCUCUUCCUCAGCUAGGGAAAGUACAGAAGGCAGCAUCAGCAGCCCACACGUUCUUCGUGGCCAACCCCAGUCACCUGGAGAUGAGGAACAACAUUGAGAAGUAUAGACGGAUGGAGGGAGUAACAGAGGACGCAUUCCAGGAUAGAGAGAUGGAGGCAGAGAAACACUGGGUAAUAAAAAAAGAGUGGGAGAGGGGGAGGGUUGUGUGUGUGUGUCUCAGAAAUAGUGAAAUAAAUGGUAGAUUGAAUGCAUAAAUGAGUAUUCAAGAAUCUUGUUGUAAGAAACAUUCUUAGAAGAUUCCCACAUGUGGCCCGAGGGUUCAAAUUCCUCUCUCUGAGGGUUAAAAUUCCUCUCUGUGUUUCACCUAAAGUACCUAGCCAAUCGUAAAAGCCCUUUGGGCUCACGCGGUAACCUCUGCAUGCACCCACAGCAUUCUUGAUAACAUGUUACUAAUGGAGUGUACUAUAAAUGAGAAUACAUCAUGUGGACUUCACUGGACUUUUGAUACCACUAAAGCCAAACAGUAAAACAAAAAAUUCAGUUAAUUUCACUCCUCUGUUUUGUUUGUCUCCAGCAGGUCUUCAUGCUUUACGUACUUACUAAGCCCAUUGCUCCUUUGGGAGUAUAAGCUAUCGACGACUCCUCUCCAUCGCACUCUGUUCUUGAUGUUGACCAAUUAUAGCCAACCUUUCCAGCUAACAUUCCUCCCUCCUCUUACCCCUAACCCCCAUCCCUCUAUCAACCACAGGCCCUGUACGACUCCGCCCUCACCUCUGAGUCCUCCUCUGAUUGGACGCACGCCGUGGAGAAAUGGAGGGAGUGUGUGAACGAGACACUGAGACAGACUGAUGAAUGCAGGGCGCAAUGUGAGGUCGCCUCACAGCGGCUCCCUGAGAACAGAGGAGAGGAUGGAAUGGACGGGGUGUUUGAGAAGGCUGCAGGUGGGAAAAACUGAGAAAAACAUGUGUGUUUGUUUAAAAAUAUAUAUUUUUAAGGGUUUUAUAUAUCCUUAUUGAGAUAGGACAGUGAAGAGGACACAGAAAAUGUAGGAGAGAUUGUGAGUCAGAAGGUCAUGGGUCGGAUUUGAACCAAUGCUGACAUUGGUAGCUGGGCUGUACAUGUGGCACUAACCACUGGACCACACAGGUCACAGGAAAAACAUGUGUGUGUUUAUGAAGCUGGUUGUCUAUGCAGGGCUAUAGUCAUUCAUUGCUAGUAGGCUGAAAAUAUCUGUGAUAGUGUUAUACAGCAUUAUAAAGGCCUUAUUACAGGGGGAGUGUUACCAAGACAGCUGACUGUAAACAGUAUGAUGUCACGCAGUGCAUAUUUGGGUUGGUCCAAAACAAGGCAAAUAUUGUAAUUCGUUUUACAUGUAUACGCUAGUUGUCCUAUUAUUUUAUGCUUAUGCUAUUCUCUACUUUUCUAAUCUUUCCUUCUCCUUAUCGUGUGAUUUUUAUCACCUGUCCUCCAGCACUCUCCCUCUCCCUCCUGUCCUGCCAGCAGGCCUGUGUGACCCAGGUGGCGACGCGACCCGGAAGGAUUUCAGCCCAGGAGGACUUCCUACCCACACAGCUGGAGCAUCUACACAUCGCACAGUUCAAAGGUUAGACAGGGGAAAGGUCAUAUCUGAAGUUACAGUAAUGACCACAUGAUGACUCUAACGACAAUUAUGAUGAUAACUCUGCUUCUACUGCAGCUGAUGAUACUGGCCUGGCAAUGGCACCUGAAAUGUUACAUUUUUAAAUUUUUUUUGUAAUUUAGCAGACGCUCUUAUCCAGAGCGACUUACAGUUAGUGAGUGCAUACAUUUUUCAUACUGGCCCCCCGUGGGAAUCGAACCCACAACCCUGGCGUUGCAAACGCCAUGCUCUACCAACUGUGCUACACGGGUGUAUUAUUGUAAAUAGGCUCUGGUGCUUCAUACAGGAGUUUACAUGUCUAGUGAAUGACCCUCUCUCUCUCUCAUCUAUUUCCCGCAGCGGGCGAUCUUGGAGGAGCGGUGCGUUCUCUGCGGUCUCUCCUCCUGUUCUACCCCUUAGACAAAGACUCCCUCAGUAACCUGCAGCUCUACACAGAGACACUGGGGGGCGACACUGAGGCACAUGGGACACAGCCCUCCCAGGUACUACUUGUGCUCAGCCUCAAAUCAACAACCCCUAGCCUGGCCCACUAGGGAGGCUUCAUUUUAUAAACAACACUCCUCAAAUUUGAUAGAUACAUGAUUGUGUCUUACUCUACUGUGAAGAUCAGUGUAUUGGUUUUCUCCACUCUCUCUGUCUCUGUCUUUAUAUACUCAGGAGAUAGCCAGGUAUGUGAGCCGCUCACUGCAGGAGAAAAAGCUACUCUACUUCGGAAUGGAAAACCUAAAUUUCAAUUUCACCGACCCGGUAUGAUAAAGUUGUUUAUUGAUUAUCAUUGGAUAUGGUUUGGUCUAGAGCCAUAACGUAGCUAUAUCUAGGCUAUAUAUGGCUCUGAUUUGGUCACUCACAUUUACUUUCAAACUGAACAAUACAGCAGUUUGUUCCUUUUGUGUUUUUUUCUCCCAUAUAGGAUCUCUGGACUCCAGAGGAGGUUGUUCCUGAAUUGCUGAGAGAAACAUGGAGGUAAGAGGAAAAGAGAAGGAGAAAGUUACUGCAAAGAGGACAGGAGUGUGGAGAGAAAGGGCUUUGAAGUGCUAUUGGGCGGUUGAAAGCCAUUUCCUUUUUGAUUUCUAGAGCAGAAAAGGAAGUGCUGAAUGAGAAAAUGAAGGAGGGAGAGAAAGAGGUGGAGAUGGACGAUAGUGGGUUCUACGCAGGUAACGAUAAACAUUAGCGUUUGGCAUGUUACAAGCACACAUUGACGGAUUGGUAAUUACAAAAAACAUCAAUGGCUCGGGUCUCUGAGGAUUGGGAAACACUAAUCUGAGAAACACCUAUUUGAUUUAAAUGUGUGCGUGCGUGUGUGUGCACUCUUCGUGUGUCUCGCUCACCCUCCAUUAUGUUCCCUCCCCAGGGGGUCCCGUACCUCAGGUUGGUGUCACCAUCAGCAUGGACGACCAUUCUUUAAAUGGAACCAAUCGCGUCGUGCUGGACGGAGUUCUAGAUCAGAAGGAAUGCGACACAGUACUGCGCCUAGCGACCGUAAGCUUGCAUAUGAUUCGCUCAGAAAACAAGACUCCCUCAAACACAGGAAGAGAAGUUCAACAGAGAUUUGGAAUUUGAAUGAGCCCUGUCCCUUUGGUGUUUGCCAUUGGAUGGGAAAUCAUAGAUAAAACUGCAAUAUGGUGAAAAUCACACAGAGCCUAUCAAGGGCCAUAUAUAUACAGUGCCAGUCAAAAGUCUGGACACACCUACUCAUUCCAGGGUUUUUCUUUAUUUUUUACUAUUUUCUACAUUGUAAAAUAAUAGUGAAGACAUCAAAACUAUGAAAUAACACAUAUGGAAUCAUGUAGUAACCAAAAAAGUGUUAAACAAAUCAAAAUAUAUUUGAGAUUCUUCAAAGUAGACACCUAUUGCCUUGAUGACAGCUUUGCACACUCUUGGCAUUCUCUCAACUCAUCCCAAACCAUCUCAAUUGGGUUGGUCAUCUGGCCAGGUCAUCUGAUGCAGCACUCCCUCACUCUCCUUGGUCAAAUAGCCCUUACACAGCUUGGAGGUGUGUUUUGGGUCAUUAUCCUGUUGAAAAACAAAUGAUAGUCCCACUAAGCGUAAACCAGAUGGGAUGGUGUAUCGCUGCAGAAUGCUGUGGUAGCCAUGCUGGUUAAGUGUGUCUUGAAUUCUAAAUAAAUCACAGACAGUGUCACCAGCAAACCUCCUCCAUGCUUCACGGUGGGAACCACACAUGUGGAGAUUAUCCGUUUACCUAUUCUGCAUCUCACAAAGACACAGCGGUUGGAACCAGAAAUAUCAAAUUUGGACUCAUCAGUGUUUCUUGGCCAAGUCUCUUCUUCUUAUUGGUGUCCUUUAGUAAUGGUUUCUUUGCAGCAAUUCGACCAUGAAGGCCUGAUUCACGCAGUCUCCUCCGAACAGUUGAUGUUGUGAUGUGUCUGUUACUUGAACUCUGUGAAGCAUUUAUUUGGGCUGCAAUCUGAGGUGCAGUUAACUCGAAUUAACCUAUCCUCUGUAACUCUGGGUCUUCCUUUCCUGUGGCAGUCCUCAUGAGAGCCAGUUUCAUCAUAGCGCUUGAUGGUUUUUGCGACUACAGUUGAAGAAACUUUCAAAGUUCUUGAAAUGUUCCGUAUUGACUGACCUUCAUGUCUUAAAGUAAUGAUGGACUGUCGUUUGUCUUUGCUUAUUUGAGCUGUUCUUGCCAUAAUAUGGACUUGGUCUUUUACCAAAUAGGGCUAUCUUCUGUAUACCACCCCUACCUUGUCACAACACAACUGAUUGUCUCAAAUGCAUUAAGAAGGAAAGAAAUUCCACAAAUUAACUUUUAACAAGGCACACCUGUUAAUUGAAAUGCAUUCCAGGUGAAUACCUCAUCAAGGCAAGGGUGGCUAUUUGAAGAAUCUCAAAUAUAAAAUAUAUUUUCAUUUGUUUAACACGUUUGGUUAUUACAUGAUUCCAUGUGUUCUUUCAUAGUUUGAUGUCUUCACUAUUAUUCUACAAUGUAGAAAAUAGUAAAAAUAAAGAAAAACCUUUGAAUGAGUAGGUGUGUCCAAACUUUUGACUGCUACUGUAUAUAUACAGUGCAUUCGAUAGUAAUCAGAUUUUUCCAUAUUUUGUUACGUUACAGCCGUAUUCUAAAAUGAAAAAAAAAAAAAUCCUCAUCAAUCUACACACAAUAGCCCAUAAUGACAAAGCGAAAACAGGUUUUUUAGAAAUGUUUGCCAAUUAAUUAAAAAUAGAAAACAGAAAUACCUUAUUUACAGAAGUAUUCAGACCCUUUGCUAUGAGACUUGAAAUUGAGCUCAGGUGCAUCCUGUUUCCAUUGGUCAUCUUUGAGAUGUUUCUACAACUUGAUUGGAGUCCUCCUGUGGUAAAUUCAAUUGAUUGGACAUGAUUUGGAAAGACACACACCUGUCUAUAUAAGGUCCAACAGUUGACAAAGCAUAUCAGAGCAAAAACCAAGCCAUGAGGUCGAAGGACUUGUCCGUAGAGCUCAGAGACAGGAUUUUGUCGAGGCACAGAUCUGGGGAAAGGUACGAAAACAUUUCUGCAUCAUUGAAGGUACCCAAGAACACAGUGUUCUCCAUCAUUCUUAAAUGGAAAAAGUUUGGAACCACCAAGACUCUUCCUAGAGCUAGCCGCCCGGCCAAACUGAGUAAUCGGGGGAGAAGUGCCUUGGUAAGGGAGGUGAACAAGAACCUGAUGGUCACUCUGACAGAGCUCCAGAGUUCCUCUGUGGAGAUGGCCUUAAUGGUAGAGUGGCCAGACGGAAGCCACUCCUCAGUAAAAGGCACAUGACAGCCCGCUUGGAGUUUGCCAAAAGGCACCUAAAGACUCUCAGAUCAUGAGAAACAAGAUUGUCUGGUCUGAUGAAAUCAAGAUUGAACUCUUUGGCCUGAAUGCCAAGCGUCACGUCUGGAGGAAACCUGGCACCAUCUCUAUGGUGAAGCAUGGUGGUGGCAGCAUCAUUCUGUGGGGAUGUUUUUCAGCGGCAGGGACUGGGAAGCUAGUCAGGAUUGAGGGAAAGAUGAACUGAGCAAAGGACAGAGAGAUCCUUGAUGAAAACCUGCUCCAGAGCGCUCAGGACCUCAGACUGGGGCGAAGGCUCACAUUCCAACAGGACAACGACCCUAAGCACACAGCCAAGACAACGCAGGAGUGGCUUCUGGACAUGUCUCUGAAUGUCCUUGAGUGGCCCAGCCAGAGCCCGGACUUGAACCCAAUCGAACAUCUCUGGAGAGACCUGAAAAUAGCUGUGAAGCGACGCUCCCCAUCCAACCUGACAGAGCUUGAGAGGAUCUGCAGAGAAGAAUGGGAGAAACUCCCCAAAUACAGGUGUGGAAAGCUUGUAGCGUCAUACCCAAGAAGACUCAAGGCUGUAAUCGCUGCCAAAGGUGCUUCAACAAAGUACUGCGUAAAGGGUCUGAAUACUUUUAAAAUUUUCAAAAAACCUGUUUUUGCUUUGUCAUUAUGGGGUAUUGUAUGUAGAUUGAUGUGGGUAAAAAAACAAUUUAAUCCAUUUUAGAAUAAGGCUGUAACGUAGCAAUAUGUGGAAAAAGUCAAGGGGUCUGAAUACUUUCCGAAUGCACUGUAAACAUUUUAUGAAUACAGGCCUUGAUCUUUAUGGUUCUUAGGGAUAUGAGCCAGGGGUGGAUUUGGAAUUCAGCAAUAGCAGAAGUAUUCCAACAGGGCUGUGAGCUCAUAUCUUCCAUGAUCACUUCCUGUGUUGUCUCUGACAGGCUGCUGCGUCCGUUGGGGACGGUUACCUGGGGCGACGGUCCCCACACACGCCCCAUGAGAAGUUUGAGGGCCUGACUGUCCUCAGAGCUGCCAAGGUGAGAACGAUGGAUUUGGAGAUUAAAUCUAUCUGUCUAGCCGUCUGUCUGUCUAUCUCUUUGUCUCACGUGGUCACAUAGCUAAUGAACAGUUAAAACACUUUUCUGCUCUGCAGUUGGCUCAGGACGGUAUGGUGAACCAAUCAGACGCUAAGCUGCUGCAUGAGAUGGGGGAGAGGGUGAGAACCCUCCUGCACUCCUACUUCAGGAGCCCCUCAGGACUCCACUUCUCCUACACACAUCUAGUGUGCCGCAGCGCCAUCACAGGUAUGGUCCACUCAAGCAAUGCGCUUUAUUUCUUGAAAUGAUGGUUCCAAAAAGGUUUUACAUCUCAGAAGUGGUCUAACAUUUCAUAUUUCAUGUUCCAUUCCAUAUUUUCCAUCUGUUCUGUUGAUUCCAUUAUGUAUUCAGUUUGUGGGUCUCAAUGUCAAAUUAAUAGGACAGAUUGGCACAUGCAAAAUGGCACAAAGCUUUCCUAUUCAAAUAGGGUUGAGGCCUUUUGCCAUUUAUAGUGUAACCUAAUAGCUAACCCCUGACCUGAAUCAGGUGUCUUAUCUGCUCUGUGUUAUGUCACCCGUUGUGUCACCUGGGUCGUGUUCAUUAGGGCACGCAAUGGACAACUGUCUUAAACGUUUUUCAACGGAAAACUAAAAUGAGUGUUUCUUAUUGGAAAACUCCAGGUAGUCCCUCCCUAUUUCAGUCCGUUUUCUUCCAUUUGGUGCCUAAUGAACAUGAUCCUCUUGUGUUGUGUGUCCUGUCCAGGGGACCAGGAGGGGAGACUGGACCUGUCUCACCCUGUUCAUGUGGACAACUGUCUACUGGAACCUGAGACCAGACAGUGCUGGAGAGAACCACCUGCCUUUACACACAGAGACCUGAGGUACACACACACUCACACAGGCAGAACACACAUACACAAAUGCGCGCACACACGCACAAGCUGGCAGGAUGCACAAACACAGACACGUAGGCUGGCAGAACACAUGCACACACACACACACACACAGAAGCAGGCAGAUGUGUGCACUGUGCAGUUUGGAUUUGAGAUCAAAUGUUUCAUAUAAGGCGACAGUUUAGAAUGUCAACUUUUAUUUGAGGGUAUUUUCAUACAUAUCGGUUUUACCGUUUUGAAAUGUAAGCAUCGUAUGUAUCUUCAAGAAAUCAUUUGGACAUAUUUACUUAUAGUAUAUUAAAUUAGUAAAAAGUAUAGUAUUUGGUCCCAUAUUCCUAGAACACAAUGACUACAUCAAUCUUGUGGCUCUACAAACUUUUUGGAUGCAUUUGCAGUUUGUUUUGGUUGUGUUUCGGAUUAUGUUUUGCCCAAUAGGAACUGAAUGGUGAAUGAUGUAUUGUGUCAUUUUGGAGUCAAUUUCAUUGUAAAUAAGAAUAGAAGAUGUUUCUGAACACUUCUACUUUACUGUCCAAAUACAUACGGAGAGGUGUGUAUGUACAUUACUUGAACAGACAAUCCCACCCUGAAUAAACUCAAACCAAUACAGCGUGACAUCUUGAUACUAACACUGUUUGAUGGUCUCCUCAUUCUAAGGUAAACAAACACAGCAUUCAAACAAACACAGGUGCCAUUCCACAGGCUAGUGGAGAUUCUUGAUUUCAGGCAGGAGGGUGUGAGGAAAUAAUGAGACGUGCUUCUGGCAGUAUGCUAUAUAAUACCACUAGGUCUGUUUACUAAGCAAUAAAGAUGACAACUGACAACUUUGGCUAGCCUUGCUAAAUGACGACUAAGACCAUGUCUGAUUCCAUUCCAGUGCUGUGCUCUAUCUGAACGAUGACUUUGACGGUGGGGAGCUCUUCUUCACAGACAGGGAUGCGAAGACUGUCACAGUAAGUCACUUGACCUUAAAACUCAAGUAGAACACUUUACACUGGCUGAUCUUCACAUGACCUUUUGACCUAUUCUCCACCGUGACCUGGUCAUCACUAUUUGGCCAUUUUUAUUUUUUAUUUUUUUAUUUCACCUUUAUUUAACCAGGUAAGCCAGUUGAGAACAGGUUCUCAUUUACAACUGCGACCUGGCCAAGAUAAAGCAAAGUAGUGCAAUAAAAACAACACAGAGUUGGCCAUGCUAGAAAGGAUAGAAGUACAGCUUUCUAACACAUACAAUUCUAACCUUAACCCGUUCAGUAACCAUGCACCUAAUAUUAGUCCUAACACUAAAUUAAGAACAAAUGGUCUGUGUUGUGUGUACUUCUUAGUAAGCUCUGACGAUAUUGCCUCUACUAUCCAUUCUAACAUGGCCCUUAUAGAGGCUACCCUUUCUGACAGUCUAUUUCUCUCUCUCUCUCUCUCUCUCUCUCUCUCUCUCUCUCUCUCUCUCUCUCUCUCUCUCUCUCUCUCUCUCUCUCUCUCUCUCUCUCUCUCUUUCUCUUUCUCUUUCUCUCUCUCUCUAGGCCCGGGUGAAGCCCACCUGUGGUCGACUGGUGGGGUUCUCCUCCGGUCCUGUUAAUCCCCAUGGUGUGACCGCGGUGACUGCUGGCCGCAGGUGUGCACUGGCCCUCUGGUUCACCAAGGAGAAGCACCACAGGGAUAUGGUGAGGACUAUUAGUGGCUUGGUUGCUCUAUAUAAGCCUGGUCCCAGAUCAGAUAUGUUUAGCAUGACAAUGACCAUAGGAGUUGGCAAGACAGCACAAACAGAUCAGGGACCAGGCUAACGAUAUAAUGCUAUAGAGGGGGGAAAAAAGGGAGGACAGACUACUUAUUAGAUGGUAAUGUGGGCUGGCGGCCAUCUUGGGAGGGAAGUGAAGUUGAAAUUGGUUAGUGUUGCCCGUAACCACUGAAAACUGAUACAGGGUCUGAAUUUUUUUCAUAAUAAAAUGUAUUUUAUGAAUGGUUAGGUAGUCGAAGCUGAUCUUAGAUCAGUGGUUAAGGUGAACUUCUACCAUGAGCAGUGAAGUUACAAAAGUGAACAUAACAACCAGAUCAGCUGCAGACAAACAAACAGAACAUGCAUGCAAAUGUAAUGGUUGUUUCUUUUUCAUUUUUCACAUCUUGCGCUGAUAUUCAAAGCUAUUUUCCCUAUGCUAAUUAACUUUAUGUUUAGAUAGCGCAGUGUCAGUUAGGGUUGGCAGUCAAAUAACAUGUGACAAUAGAUAUUAAGGUUGAACUUGAGGAAAGUUCCAGCACAAUUUUCCCUAGAUUUUAAAGGAGCACUUCUGCUUCCUACCCCGCUAGUCUGGAUUUUGUCUGAUCACGGCCGUGGUGUGAAUAAGGUCCAUUCUACCUCACUUUACCUCACAUUACUGUACCUUCUGUGCCUCAUGCAGGAGAGGGAGGAGGCUGAGGCCCUGUGGGCUGCGGAUGGACAGAGUGUGACGAAAGGAGGAGAAGUAAAAGAGGAGGGAAGAGAGGGCACCGCUGCCCCCGCUCGGAGUGGUAGGAGUGGAAGCCAGUCGUCGAGGAGUAGAGGGAGGGGCAGGGUGACAGGGGGAAAGGACGAGCUGUGAUGAGCUGCUGUGAUGGAUUUAAAGACUGAACCACCCACUCUGAACAACAGGGUAGUUCUGUUCACCUCCCCAUCCUACUUGGUGGACCGUCCCGGUCCAGCCACCAGUCCCCUCUCCCAAAAGACCAUGAACUCUUCUCUAUUUUUACACCAUGCUUUUCAAUCCCUACCCACGCUCUUUCACUCUCUCUUUCUCUUUUUCUCUCUCUCUCUCCCUCUCUCUCUGUCUGU